AUGUCCAUACGUAAUACAAUCAAUAGAAUCAUUAUUAGAAGAAACAUGUCUGAUUCGAUUAGGCACUACGAUUAUCUAGUUAUUGGGGGUGGUUCUGGUGGUGUUGCCUCUUCUAGAAGAGCUGCAUCUUAUGGUGCCAAGACCUUGUUGAUCGAGGCCAAAGCCAUGGGUGGUACUUGUGUUAAUAAAGGUUGCGUUCCUAAGAAGGUUAUGUGGUAUGCUUCGGACUUAGCGACCCGGAUUGGUCAUGCGCACAGUUAUAACCUAUUCGAGGAUUUGCCAUUGACCAAGGAAAAUUUGACCUUCAACUGGCCUGAAUUCAAGAAGAAAAGGGAUGCUUACAUUCACAGAUUGAAUGGAAUUUAUGAGAGAAAUUUGACCAAGGAAGGGGUUGAUUAUGUAUAUGGAUGGGCCAGUUUCACUGUGGACGGUAAAGUCCAAGUAAAGAAGGCCGACAACUGCACUGAGACCUACACAGCGGACCAUAUUCUGGUUGCAACCGGUGGCAAACCAAUUUAUCCAGCAAAGAUCCCAGGUUAUGACUAUGGUGUUAGCUCAGACGAAUUCUUUGAAUUAGAGGAUCAACCAAAGAAAGUUGUAGUUGUAGGUGCUGGGUACAUUGGUGUUGAAAUUGCAGGUGUUUUCAACGGCCUUGGCUCCGAUAGUCAUCUUGUUAUCAGAGGUGAAACCGUUUUGAGAAAGUUUGAUGACUGUAUCCAAGAAACAGUCACUGAUACUUACAUCAAAGAAGGUGUUAAUAUCCAUAAAUCUUCAAAUGUCACCAAAGUUGAAAAGGAUGAAUCUACUGGCAAAUUGAAUAUCCAGUUGGAUACCGGAAAGAAUAUCGAUAACGUGGAUUCUCUUAUUUGGACAAUUGGUCGUAGAUCCUUACUGGGUCUCGGAUUGGAAAACAUAGGCGUAAAGUUGGAUGCAAAGGAGCAAAUUGUUGUUGACGAGUACCAAAAUAGUAGCGUCAAAAACGUGUACUCUUUAGGUGAUGUCGUUGGGAAGGUGGAACUAACCCCUGUUGCAAUUGCUGCUGGUAGAAAAUUGUCCAACAGACUGUUUGGUCCUGAGAAGUUUAAAAACCAAAAGCAAGAUUAUGAAAAUGUCCCAAGUGUUGUAUUCUCUCAUCCAGAAGCUGGAUCCAUUGGCUUAAGUGAGCGCGAAGCUAUUGAAAAGUUUGGAAAGGAUAAUGUUAAAGUCUACAAUUCCAAGUUCAACGCUAUGUACUACGCAAUGAUGGAAGAGAAAGAUAAGACUCCAACAAGAUAUAAACUAGUCUGCACAGGUGAAGAAGAAAAGGUUGUUGGUCUACACAUUAUCGGUGACUCUUCCGCAGAAAUUUUACAAGGAUUCGGUGUUGCGAUCAAAAUGGGCGCCACUAAAGCCGAUUUCGACUCAUGUGUUGCAAUUCAUCCAACCAGCGCCGAAGAACUAGUAACUUUGACUUAG